CCCGCCGCUGCAGAGUCGCCAUCUGGGCUCUGCAAACUUGUUACCUGCUGCUCUACCACUCACUAGUCGCCCAGGCCACCAUGAAGAAUUCCUCGCUGCUCUCGCUCCUCGUCCUCGUCGCCGCUUCGCCCCUCGCCGCCGCCGCGUGGUCUCGCUCUCGCGCACGCGUAUCAUGCGGCGGCGGCGGCAGCUACGCGGCCAACAGCACCUACGAAGCCAACCGCCACCAUCUGGCGGCCGUCCUCCCGGCCGAGGCUGCCGCCUCGCGCCGCCGCUACGCGUACCGUGCCUUGGGGUACUGGCCUAACCGGUUGCAGGCGGACUGGAGCUGCCAGCAGAGCAGCGACGGCGACUGCGCCGCCUGCAUCGCCGACGCCUUCGAGCGGGUGGAGCGCGAGUGCCCGUUCAGCAGGGAGCCCUUCUUCUUCGGUCGCAACUGCUCUCUCCGUCUCGGCGAGUACAGUGUUUUCGGGAGCGAUGUCUUCGGGAGAAUCACGAUGACACCUCUGGCUAUAGGGAUGAUGUUUCAAGCAUUUGGGCUCGCAUGUCUUUUCCUCCUGUUCCUACGGGCUUGGCGGCAAGACAUUAAGAAAUGCACCGUCACGCGUCACACCCCUCCUCUACCUGGAGAUCAAUAUAUGAGCGGCUUGGCCCACAGGGUUGUGCAUCAGCAGUCAGCACCUACUGUCUUGGGAAAGAAUACCGAGGCACAAUAGCAAUGAAAUGGAAUGACUUGUGAAUAUUCUCAUCAUAGUCACAGGCAAAAUAAUGAAACGGUACUGAUUGUUCUUGUUCAGCCAAGAACUUCAGUGUGAUUCUUAAAAACAAGCGAUGAUCUUCAUCUUGAAAUAUGUAUGCAACUCCUAGGUGCAGAUGUUAAGCACUCGAUGGCAUCAUUCGAACAA